AUCGCCGCCGAGGAGACGGAGCGCCGCAUGGACUUCUACGCCGAGCCCGGCGUCUCCUUCUACGUGCUGUGCCCGGAGGCCGCCUGCGGCGACAAUUUCCACGUCUGGAGUGAGAGUGAGGACUGCUUACCUUUUCUGCAGCUCGCGCAGGAUUACAUCUCUUCCUGUGGGAAAAAGACACUCCAUGAAAUACUGGAAAAAGUCUUCAAAUCCUUCAGACCUCUACUUGGGCUUCCAGAUGUUGAUGAUGAUGCGUUUGAAGAAUAUAAUGCAGAUAUGGAAGAAGAGGAACCAGAAGCGGAUCACCAACAAAUGGGUGUCAGUCAGCAGUAAUUUUCAGAGGAGCUGUAAAAUUGGGAAUCCCGUGGCACCAGGUGGGGUCAGAUAGUCCCACGUUAGCCUGUUCGAUUUAGCGCAUCACAUGGGGAUAUCUGGCUCCCAGGAUACAAGUUUUAUGAAAUGUUUAUUUAAAAAAAAUAAUAACAAUCUGUGAUGGGCUUUGCUAAGAAGUGACCUGAAUUUUGCUCCUGCUUCAGUGGAGUUUUUAUGGAGUUGUCUUGGUAGUAUUCUGCCAUUACCAGUCUAGAAGUAGUUUUGUUGCUGACUGUCUCCUUGAUUUGUGUUUGAGAGUAACGUUCACUGACAUGAAUGUAGGGUUGCCUUGAAUGUAGGGACUGCAGGGCCGGCGUGCUGAGCACUCCUUGCGCGUCACCUCUCGGGGAAAUUGGUGCAGAGAGUAGAUGCAACCAGCACUUUUCUCUUUAGUUCAAAGGCUGUGGUUUGUGGCUCUCUACCAGACAGAGCACCAUACUUUGAGAAGUUUCUCCUGAAAAACACUAGUUUAAUAGUGAUCAGUGUUGCAGAAAUGCACGUGGUGGCUCAGCUAAAACGAUGGAGAGUGAGAAGUCCAGGAGGUAUUUGAGUCGGACCUGUUAAUGUCAUUUUACUGACACCUGAGUUUACAAGUGAUUGGAUUCAUAACCGGAAGCAAUUAGAGCUCUGGUAUUGACAGUACAUAUCAAAACGAACCUGGGUACUCUCACACCAUUUAACCCAAGCCAAAUACUGUUUUUGUACAAAUUCAAUCAAUUACAGACAGCCAUUGCAUAUCCCAUGUCUGCAUGAAAACUGACUGUAAGCUUCACUAUUUUUAAAACGUCGAUAAAUUACUACACAAAUCUUGCAGUGUCGCCAACUGAAGUGCAACUUAACUAGGAAGCCAUAAGUGUAUAAACCAGCUUGUAACAUUAUGCUGGACCUUUUCCUCCCUCUGGGCCUUUGAGUUAAUCUGGGCAUUUCCACCUCUGACAAGAGGAGCUAAAAUACUACCCAAGCAGGAGGCCCCCUUGUAUCUUAUACCUACUUUGCAUAGGUUUAAGUGGCUCCAAUGAGUGCCAGACUGUGAAGAUGCAGGGUCUCUUUAUUUACAUGCCUUUUGUACUGAAAAUAUAAGAAGCAGAGUGAUGCUGUUGUAAGACAUCUGUUUUCUGUGGCUGAACGUAGUGUUUCUGAAUUUAUUCCUUUCUUCCAGUUUCUUUUUAAAUGGCAAAAUGAAGGUCACACACUUCGAAAGCCCUUUUAUAAGAAUUAGCUUUAUACAAACAAAAAGUGAGCAAAGAGAAUGAUAGGACAAUUCCCAGAAACAGCUCUCACCAUUUUGAAAACCCCGUUGGUAGCAACAUCUCCUUUUCCAUAGACUUUUAAAAGACUUUUAUUUUUCAAGAUUACUUAAGAGAGGAAGUUUUCUUGGGGAUUUACAUUUCUGAUGAUGGGUUCAGAGGUGCAGAGCACCUUGUUUUUUCCAGCCUGAGGCAAAGAUCUUCCAUAACCAGGAUGGUGUGCGGUACCCGAUUACGUACAGAAGUGUCUGCAAUGCUUUCAAAGUUCAGGUUUAAGAAUAUAAAAAAGAAUGGAAGAGAAACAGAGCUUAAUGAAACCUUGUACAUUCUUCUGGCAUGCAGGCAUAAACAUGGUAGUUGCAACACAUUUUCUAUGGACUAGUGACGUGAGAACUGUGGCAGUUCAUUGUUUAACACUGUGCAGCAGCAAUAGGCUUUUUGCUUACAGUUAUAAAGUGUAAGAACAGUGGGUUCCAUCCCUGCUUUAGGUCCCUAAGUUUUUGUUCCUCCCCAUGAAAAAAGAUGUCAUAACCUUGCUUCAGGAGAAGCUUUCUCUUUGUAGCAUCCAUUGCUUUGGUUACGGCUCGUACAAAUGGAUCUUUUGGGGCUGGCUUCCCUCUGCUGCAGUGCCAAGCAAGAUGUAAUUUACAGUAGCACAAACUAUUGAUUGAAUUGUUAAUGAGCGGUUGAACAUUAAUAUGGAUGUAUGCAAACAUAAAGCUGUAAAUCAUGUAGAUAUAUUAUUUUCAGCAUUCACUAACUCACUUUUUCUGGAAUGCCAUGUGCCAUUGGAGUGAUCUCUCCACCAGAGUGCAAGUGCUUGGUAGAUGGGGGCUGUUCUGCAAGGCUCUCACUACGGCCAGCAAGAUUGUGUUCAAAUGCAACUCUGGAGGCUGCAUGAGCUCAGCCCUGCAGAGAGCUGCACACUUGUGUCUCCCCUCAUGCUGCUGGGAGCAGAGUGUGCAGCCUCACUGCUGUACUGAAGCACUGCCAGGCAACACUAACAAUAAACUGGAAUUUUAUACACAGAAAACUUAAGUGACGUGUGUAUUAAAUGUGAAUGAGCAUUAAUAUAGAAUGUAUUUUAUCAAAAAAUAUUGAUUGCUUCCUUUGACCAAAUACAUUUCUGUAUGAACAUGUUACGUGUUCCAUACUUACCUAAUGCUUCAUUGUAUCACAAAGUAUUUACAUGUUU